GGGAAGGGGGAGGAGAGCCACACAGUCAGAUCACGCAGAUUCUUGCAGCUUCUGGAAUCGAGACCAUGGGCACCUCUUAGGUCAGUGUGGGCAGGGAAUGCCCCAGGGUCUAUGCAAAAUCCAGAGGUAGUCACAGGAUGGGAUAAGUUGUACAGAUUACAACACUCACCCUUGCAAUAACGUCACUGCCUGUGACUUGGGGCCAGGCCCAGGUCAAAGCCCUUCAUGCAUCAUUUCAUUUAAUCCUCACAAUUUGCUGCUGAAAGGGCAACUAUUCUUAUUCCCAUCCCCACUCUACAGAUGAGCUAAUGGAGGCCCAGAGAGGUUAAGUGACUUGUCCCAGAUGACAUAGCUGGUAAAAUUGCAAAGACAGAAUUUGAACCCAGGCAGUUUAGCUCUGAUGGCUCACUCUGUUAAUCACAGCUGCUUUGCAGUGAGACAAAAAUGAAUGAUCAGGGAAGAAUCAACAGGGAGAGGUAAACAAGAGUGGGAAAAAGGCAAGAGUGAGAAGGAAAUGAAUGGGGAAAAGAUAGGAACAAAUAGAGAUGGGGAAGGGGAGAGAUGGGGAACCUGACUUGUCCAGGAUGGGCAUCAGUACACGUGCAGGCAGUUGGAGGCUCAAGUUUUCUGCUCACUUGUGAUGCAAGCGGUUCCCUUUCCCUCAGCAGCCACCUUGCUGCACGGACAGCAGCGGCUUCCCAUCUGGCCUGUCCUGGGAGCCCCAGCCUCAUCCUCCUCAGUGGCAGGCCGCUCAGCUUCACAGGAAAGCUCUUUCUCUAAUUGGCAUUGAAACUCACAGCCCUCCCUUUUCCUGUAGGUGGGGUUUCCAUAGGAAAAAGCUGCUUCUCUGUUUCCCCAGCCUAGCAACUGUUUGGAAGUUAGAGCCCCACAUCCUGCUCAACUGGGUCAGGUCCCUCUUAGACCAGCUCUUUUCCAUCAUUUGCUGAAGUGGACCAACUAGUUCCCCUGUGGGGGGGUCUCCCCUGGCAAUUCUUGAUUGGUGUUCGGACAUCUCAGAUCGCUUCCGAUGAAGAUGGCCUUGCCUGGGGGUCCUGCUUGUUCCAUUAUCAUCUAACUAUGGGACAAGGUUGUGCCAGCCAGUCUGGGGGAAGGAGCACGGGGCUGAUCAAGCCAUUCAGGAAACACUGGAGGACUUGUCCAGCCUUGAAAGAACUCUAGCAGUUUCUGAAUCUAGCGCUCUUGGCGGUAAGCAUGAUGCAACUUCUGCAACUUCUGCUGGGGCUUUUGGGACCAGGUGGCUACUUAUUUCUUUCAGGGGAUUGUCAGGAGGUGACCACUCUCACGGUGAAAUACCAAGUGUCAGAGGAAGUGCCAUCUGGCACAGUGAUCGGGAAGCUGUCCCAGGAACUGGGCCGGGAGGAGGGGCAGAGGCAAGCAGGGGCUGCCUUCCAGGUGCUGCAGCUGCCUCAGGCACUCCCCAUUCAGGUGGACUCUGAGGAAGGCUUACUCAGCACAGGCAGGCGGCUGGAUCGAGAGCAGCUAUGCCGACAGUGGGAUCCCUGCCUGGUUUCCUUUGAUGUGCUUGCCACAGGGGAUUUGGCUCUGAUCCAUGUGGAGAUCCAAGUGCUGGACAUCAAUGACCACCAGCCACAGUUUCCCAAAGGCGAGCAGGAGCUGGAAAUCUCUGAGAGUGCCUCUCUCCGCACCCGGAUCCCCCUGGACAGAGCUCUUGACCCAGACACUGGCCCCAACACCCUGCACUCCUACACUCUGUCUCCCAGCGAUCACUUUGCCUUGGAUGUCAUCGUGGGGCCCGAUGAGACCAAACAUGCAGAACUCAUAGUGGUGAAGGAGCUGGACAGAGAAAUCCAUUCAUUUUUUGAUCUGGUGUUAACUGCCUAUGACAAUGGGAACCCCCCCAAGUCAGGCACCAGCUUGAUCAAGGUCAACGUCUUGGACUCCAAUGACAAUAGCCCUGUGUUUGCUGAGAGUUCACUGGCACUAGAAAUCCAAGAAGAUGCUGCCCCUGGUACUCUUCUCAUAAAACUGACUGCCACAGACCCCGACCAAGGCCCCAAUGGGGAGGUGGAGUUCUUCCUCAGUAAGCACAUGCCUCCAGAGGUGCUGGACACAUUCAGUAUUGAUGCCAAGACAGGCCAGAUCAUUCUGCGUCGACCUCUAGACUAUGAGAAGAAUCCUGCCUACGAGGUGGAUGUCCAGGCAAGGGACCUGGGUCCCAAUCCCAUCCCAGCCCAUUGCAAAGUUCUCAUCAAGGUUCUGGACGUCAAUGACAACAUCCCAAGCAUGCAUGUCACAUGGGCCUCCCAGCCAUCACUGGUGUCGGAAGCUCUUCCCAAGGACAGUUUUAUUGCUCUUGUCAUGGCAGAUGACUUGGACUCAGGAAACAAUGGUUUGGUCCACUGUUGGCUGAGCCAAGAGCUGGGCCACUUCAGGCUGAAAAGAACUAAUGGCAACACAUACAUGUUGCUAACCAACGCCACACUGGACAGAGAGCGGUGGCCCGAAUAUACCCUCACUCUGUUAGCCCAAGACCAAGGACUCCAGCCUUUAUCAGCCAAGAAACAGCUCAGCAUUCAGAUCGGUGACGUCAAUGACAAUGCACCUGUGUUUGAGAAGAGCAGGUAUGAAGUCUCCACACGGGAAAACAACCUACCCUCUCUUCACCUCAUCACCAUCAAGGCUCAUGAUGCAGACCUGGGCAUUAAUGGAAAAAUCUCAUACCGCAUCCAGGACUCUCCAGUUGCUCACUUAGUAGCUAUUGACUCCAACACAGGCGAGGUCACUGCUCAGAGGUCACUGAACUAUGAAGAGAUGACCGGCUUUGAGUUCCAGGUGAUCGCAGAGGACAGCGGGCAACCCAUGCUUGCAUCCAGUGUCUCUGUGUGGGUCAGACUCUUGGAUGCCAAUGAUAAUGCCCCAGAGGUGGUCCAGCCUGUGCUCAAUGAUGGAAUAGCCAGCCUCUCCGUGCUUGUGAACGCCUCCACAGGCCACCUACUGGUGCCCGUUGAGACUCCCAGUGGCUUGGGUCCAGCAGGCACUGACACACCUCCACUGGCCACUCACAGCUCCCGGCCAUUCCUUUUGACAACCAUUGUGGCAAGAGAUGCAGACUCGGGAGCAAAUGGAGAGCCCCUCUACAGCAUCUGCAGUGGGAAUGAAGCCUGCCUCUUUGUCCUCAACCCCUACACGGGGCAGCUAUUCAUCAACAUCACCAAUGCCAGCAGCCUCAUCGGGAGUAAGUGGGAGCUGGAGAUAGUGGUAGAGGACCAGGGAAACCCCCCCUUACAGACCCGAGCUCUGUUGAGGGUCAUGUUUGUCACCAGUGUGGACCACCUGAGGGACUCGGCCCGCAAGCCUGGGGCCCUGAGCAUGUCCAUGCUGAUGGUGAUCUGCCUGGCUGUGCUGCUGGGCAUCUUCGGGUUGAUCCUGGUUUUGUUCAUGUCCAUCUGCCGGACAGAGAAGAAGGACAACAGGGCCUACAACUGUCGGGAGGCUGAGUCCACCUACCGCCAGCAGCCCAAGCGGCCCCAGAAGCAUAUUCAGAAGGCGGACAUCCACCUCGUGCCUGUGCUCAGGGGUCAGGCAGAUGAGCCUUGUGAAGUCGGGCAGUCCCACAAAGACUUGGACAAGGAGACAAUAAUGGAAGCAGGCUGGGACCCCUGUCUGCAGGCCCCCUUCCACCUCACCCCGACCCUGUAUAGGACACUGCGUAAUCAAGGCAACCAGGGAGCACCGACGGAGAGCCGAGAGGUACUGCAAGACACCGUCAACCUCCUUUUCAACCAUCCCAGGCAGAGGAACGCCUCCCGGGAGAACUUGAACCUUCCUGAGUCCCAGCAUACUACGGGCCAGCCACGUUCCAGGCCUCUGAAGGUGGCAGGCAGUCCCACAGGGAGGCUGGCUGGGGACCAGGGCAGCGAGGAGGCCCCACAGAGCCCACCAGCCUCCUCUGCAACCCUGAGGCGGCAGCGACAUCUCAAUGGCAAAGUGUCUCCUGAGAAAGAAUCAGGGCCCCGUCAGAUCCUGCGGAGCCUGGUCCGGCUGUCUGUGGCUGCCUUUGCUGAGCGGAACCCGGUGGAGGAGCUCACUGUGGAUUCUCCUCCUGUUCAGCAAAUCUCCCAGCUGCUGUCCUUGCUGCAUCAGGGCCAAUUCCAGCCCAAACCAAACCACCGAGGAAAUAAGUACUUGGCCAAGCCAGGCGGCAGCAGAAGUGCAAUCCCAGACACAGAUGGCCUAAGUGUGAGGGCUGGAGGCCAGACAGACCCAGAACAGGAGGAAGGGCCUUUGGAUCCUGAAGAGGACCUCUCUGUGAAGCAACUGCUAGAAGAAGAGCUGUCCAGUCUGCUGGACCCCAGCACAGGUCUCGCGCUGGACCGCCUGAGCGCCCCUGACCCGGCCUGGAUGGCGAGGCUCUCUUUGCCCCUCACCACCAACUACCGUGACAAUGUGAUCUCCCCGGACGCUGCAGCCAUGGAGGAGCCAAGGACGUUCCAGACAUUCGGCAAGGCGGAGGGACCGGAGCUGAGCCCAACAGGCACGAGGCUGGCCAGCACCUUUGUCUCAGAGAUGAGCUCACUUUUGGAGAUGCUGCUGGAACAGCGCUCCAGCAUGCCCGUGGAGGCCGCCUCCGAAGUGCUGCGGCGGCUUUCGGUCUGCGGGAGGACCCUCAGUCUAGACUUGGCCACCAGUGCGGCCUCAGGCACAAAAGUGCAGGGGGACCCAGGUAGAAAGACGGGGACUGAGGGCAGGAGCAGAGGUGGUAGUAGCAGCAGCAGCAGCGGCAAGUACCUGUGAACAUACCUUGGAUGCUUCUGGAUCCAAGAACCAGGGGCCUGAGGAUUGGGGACAUGAGAUGGUUUCUAAAAUCUUGGAACUCAGUAACUAGCGGUGGCCUGAGAACUUUAGGGUGACUGAUGCUACCCCCACAGAGGAGGCAGUGGCUCCAGGACUAACAUCUGACUGACCAAAGCAGCCCUUUGUAAGUGACUCUGAGUCUUUUGGAGGACAGGGACAGUUUGUGGCUAAGUGUUUGCUGGCAAAACAUACAUAGAGCACAAAGGGUCAGUCCUCUGCACAAAGGGUCAGUCCUCUGGCAGAACAGAUGCCAUGGAGUAUCACUAGCAGGGAAGAAAGGCCUUCUUGGGUAGCAGGAGUCAUGGAGCUGUACCCUGGGGGUGCCAGGCAAUGCUCUCUGGCCUACCAAUAAAGGAAAAACAGUGGCUCAUUC